UGAGAGAUCCUUACCCGGCCAUCGAGAGUACUCAUCCUCGGAUGACACUUGCAUGCGAAAGGUCUAGUUGUGGCUUGAGUGCAAAGCGGGCCACAACGAUCGCCAUCAUGAUGCUGGGCGGGCUCGUAUUAAGCGCUCUUUUCUACGUUUCAGCCUCUGGGUUGAAAAUGGAGAAAGAUUGGAUGAACGCGAAGUCCAUUUACGAUUUCGAUGCCAUCGACAUCGACGGGAACAAUGUCACUCUUGACAAAUACAGAGGUCAUGUCUGUAUCAUCGUCAAUGUGGCCACUAAAUGAGGAGCAACCGACCGCAACUAUCGGGAAUUAGUUGCAUUAUAUGAGAAGCAUGCAGAGAAAAACGGACUCAGGAUUCUUGCAUUCCCGUGCAACCAAUUCGGGAAUCAAGAGCCGGGAACCAACGAAGAAAUCAAGAAGUUCGCGCAAGAGAAGUACGGUGUGAAGUUCGACAUGUUCGCCAAGAUCAACGUCAACGGGAAUGAGGCUCAUCCCUUGUGGAAGUACCUCAAAGAAAAACAAUCUGGUUUCAUGUUCAACGCUAUCAAAUGGAAUUUCACCAAGUUUGUCAUCGAUAAGAAUGGCCAGCCGGUCCAGAGAUACGCGACAACGACCAAUCCUCUUGCCAUGGAAGACGACUUGAUGAAAUAUUUCGCUGAGACCCCGACCGCCUAGACACCUCUCGUGGAAAAUCCCGAGAUACUCUGACAUGCUUCCAAAGCUAUUCUAUACCGAAACUCGGACCAUUAGAGUUUCCGAAUUGUCACACCGCUUUUCACAUCCAGCGGCUGACACAAAAACUGCUCCUCAUUCAAAACUGUCAUGUAUGAAAUUUGCUUGACUCAUGUGAAAUGACGAGUUAUCUGUAAACCGGAAACGGUGAGAUUCCUCCGAUGUGCAAAAACAGUCAAAUAAAAGGAAUUCAUGGCGAAC